UACAGAACUAGGGUUUAGUCCCUUUUCCCAAUCUCUCCAAUCUCCUUCAAUCAAAAACGCCAAACUAAUAAUUGUAACAAAAAAUGGAUUCUUUCUCAUCUCCGUCGUUGUCGUCGGAAUCAGGGGGCCACUCGACGGAGGCGGUGAUGGAACAGCUUAAGACCCAGUUGGCCCAAGCCUACGCUGAAGAGUUCCUCGAGACAGUAAGAGGCAAGUGCUUCACAAGGUGCAUCACAAAACCAGGUACGAGUUUGAGUGGUAGUGAGAGCAGUUGCAUCUCUCGAUGUGUGGAGCGCUACAUGGAGGCUACUGGAAUUGUUGGUCGAGCUCUUUUUAGCGCCCAACGCAAUUUUUGACUUCGCAAAAAAACUCAUUUUUAUCCCUGCAAUGCCAAACCAAACUUCCAAUGGAUAGCUUGUUAGCUUAAUCCCGCUUUUAGUUAUUUUUCUAGUUCAGGCUUACGAUGCUGUUGCAUUAUCUAUUAUGUUGGGUUUCUUCUUUGUUUUAACCGCAAGUGUCAAUUUUAUUGAUCAGUGUCAACGCCUGAGCGUGUCAUGUUUGGCACCGUAGAUGAUUGAAAUGAAUGUACGUGAUAUGGCUGCAAUAAGUUUGGAUUGCAUAGUUUCUGAUUUCUUUAAUGUUUUUGUUUCCUAA